AUGAAUAUUAAUAUUAAUAAAACAAGAAAGAAAACCAACUCUAUCAAUAGCAAUACAAGCGACAAUCCAAAUUUAAAAUGUUAUUAUCAUGAUCUUAAUGAUUUAAUAACAUAUUGUUUAGAUUGCUCAAAAAUGGUGUGUGUACAAUGUAUUGUAAGCAGUGAUCAUACUGGUCAUAAAUAUGCGGAAAUUUCAAAACAAUUUGCUUCAAAUGUAUUGGAUAAGUUUAAAAAUCAAAAAUAUCAAAAUUUAGUUGGUUUCAGAGAAAGUGACAGAUAUAUUAAAAAUGCAGUAGAUUAUUGUUAUUCAGAAUGUGAUACUAUUUUUAAAAAUAAUUGCCAAAAUGUUCGUGAUCAAUUCAAAGAAAUUCGUGAUCACCUGGAUAAUUUAGAAAAUCAAGUCAUUGAACAAUUAAAAAUCACCUAUCAAAAAAAUUUAGAUUCAAAGCAUACUUUCAAAUCUCAAUUGGAUUUUGACACAAAGAAAAUAGACUCUAUCAUUAAUAGACACCAAAAUAAAAUCAAAGACUAUUCAAUUGACAAUGUAUUUAAUUUUGAAACCAAACAACAUAUAGAAAUAAUUAAAGACAGUGACUUGUGUGACCCAAUUAUCAAAAAAAGAGAACAAACCCAAACCAUUUCAUUUGAACAGGAUAUUUUAACCUUUGAUACCAACCUAAUAAAUACAAUAAAAGACUCCAUUUCAAAUAUUGUGCAAAUAAAAACUGAAAAAUAUAAAGAUAAUAAAAAUAAAAAACAUCUAAUGAUGAACAAAAUCAUUCAACCAUAUAAUAUAAACUACUAUUUAUGUCAUGGUGAACCAAUACCAAGUGGAAUUACAUCGAUUGCAUUGGACAGUAGAUUUAGUUUUAAUAGUUUGGAGGUACCAAGCACUGUUGAUAGAUUGCUUCUUUGCAAUGGAUUUAAUUUGUCGCUUUCUGAUUUUAAAAUACCACCAUCAAUUAAAACAUUAAGAAUAGGUGAUAUUAAGCAGCCACUAGAACCAUUUUCCGGAAUUCCUUCAUCUGUAACCGAACUUCAUUUGUGCGAUGGAUUUAAUCAUUCGAUUGAAGAGAAUAUGAUACCCUCAUCAGUUAAAAGAUUGAAUAUAUAUGACAUUAAACAACCAUUAUCUAUGUACUCUAUCCCGCAAUCAGUUGAAGAGCUAACCCUCUGUGACUCCUUUAAUCAAUCCAUUGGUGCCUUUGUUAUUCCAGAUUCUGUUAAAGUGCUUUCUCUUGGUGAUAUAAAGCAUAGAGUAAUGAACGAGUUUAUUCCAUCAAGCGUUAAAAAAAUACGUCUAUAUGAUGGUUAUACCCAUUCAAUACCACAAAAUAUCAAUGAUUCAAUAGAAUCACUUGUGCUCUUUAAUGUUGUUGACCAACAUCUUGAAAUCCCCGAAUCCAUUAAAGAACUUCAUCUUUGUGACGGCUUUAAUCAUCCAAUCUCUUCAAACCUAUUACCAAACAAAAAUUUAGAGAAAUUAGUGGUCUAUAAUAUUAGAAAACCAUUAGAAAUUGAUUCUAUUCCACCUACCGUAAAAUCUAUUGUAUUCUUUGGCUACAACCAUCCAUUACUACCUGGUACUAUAAAAGAUACUGUAAAAUCAAUUUAUUUUAAUAACUAUAACUAUCAUUUAGAUAAUAAUAUUAUACCAAAUAAUAUUGAAAUAAUUAAAAAAUAA